UUUGUAAUCCAGGCCGCAUUGUUCCAAGGGGUUUUGGACUUCUGGCGGAGAAGUUACUUUGGUGGUGGCGACUGGCCGUGGGAAUGAGGGUUUGAAACAUUGAAACAGGAAAGAUGCCCCGGAGUCUGUCGCGCUCUCCAUCUUACCGACGGAGAUACUCACCGCCGUCCCCGGCGCCUCACCAUCGCCACAAUCGGAGAAGCCGAAGGGAUCGAAGCCUAAGCCGAAGCCGCUCUCCCUAUUCCAAUUCCCACUCCAGGCGAAGAAGUCGUUCUACUUCCUCGCGUCGCCGGAGAAGCCGCUCGCCAUCCUAUAAGCGCCGCAAUCGAUCUCGAACGCCUAGGCGACGCAGAAGACAAAGCAGUAGGAGUACUUCUUUGUCUCCUUUAGCCAAGUCUCGUAGUCCAAGUAUUGCAUCUGCUGAACGCAAAUCUGCCACUGAGAAACUUAAAAGAGAGGAGGAAGAAAAUAAGAGGCGUCAACAUGAGGAAGAACUGAAACUAUUGGAAGAAGAGACUGCAAGGAGGCUGGAGGAAGCGAUUCGGAAAAAUGUUGAGGAGAGGUUGAGUUCAGAAGAAGUCAGGUUAGAAAUAGAGAGGCGAAUAGGGGAAGGUCGAAAGAAAUUGUUUGAUGAUGUUGCAAUUCAACUUGAAAAAGAAAAGGAAGCUGCUCUUAUUGAAGCAAGAAGGAAAGAAGAACAAGCUCGAAAAGAGAGAGAAGAGCUAGAUAAGAUGCUAGAAGAGAAUAGGAGGAGAGUGGAAGAGGCUCAAAGAAGAGAGGCUUUAGAGCAGCAGCGGAAAGAGGAGGAACGCUACCGGGAGUUGGAGCUAAUUCAAAGGCAGAAAGAGGAGGCAUCUCGGAGAAAAAAGCUUGAAGAGGAAGAAGAGCGAGCAAACCAGAUGAAAUUGUUGGGUAAGAGUAAACCCAAGCCGAAGUCUUCUGGCAGUGUCAUAUAAUGAUAAUUUCUUUGUGCUAAUGCUGUGCCUUUUCCUUGCAAACUGCUGACUAGAGCUUUGAUAUUUCAAAAAUGUGUAACAAAAUAAUAAUUUUUGGUAUUUUAUUGAUUAGAACUUAGAAGGCUAUCUUCCACA